AUGGGUGGUGGUGGUGGGUUGGGGGCCACCGGAGCGGCAGCAGCAGCAACAGCAACAGAAGUAGCAGCGGCAGCAGCAGCAGCAACAUCUCCUCCUCCGCCUCGAAGCCCUAGCUCUGUACGUCGAGCUAGCGGGCUGUCGAGGGCCGAAUCAACCCUGCCUGGCAGCUCUAUAAGAGAGACACGGUUGUCUAAACGCCUUUGUUUACUUGGAACCUCGGGUUCCAUCAAUUCCUACUGCAACGGCCAGUUAAUGGGUCAUAUAAUCUCGAUAAUUUAUUAUCUGGUGCGGUGGAUCAACCCCACUAUCCUGUAA